GGAAAAGAUAAGAAAGGAAUAAAAAAAAUGGGUUCCCAUGUGGUCUGGUGAUGCAGAUUACGAAAUAUUUGAAGUUCAUGGGUGGCUUACAAAUAUGGCUGUGGACUUAGGCAAGAGAUCAUGCACCUGUGGUUUUUGACAACUAAGUGGGAUGCCAUGUGUGCAUGCAUGUGCCGCUUUGGCCAGGGCUGGUGGAAGGCUAGAUGAAUUCUGUCAUAGCUGGUUGACCAUGGAAGUAUACAACAACACCUAUGGCUUCCAUAUAAAUCCAAUUCCUAGCCAGGCACUGUGGGAGAAAUCACCUUAUAAUAGACCUCAAGCACCAAAGUUCAAGAAGAAGUCAAGGCCAAUCAAGAAGAAAAGAAGAAAGGAUGCUGAUGAGGAGCCAAGUAAAGGCAAGAAGCAGAAGACCUCAAUGAAGAGAGUUCAUAAAAAAGGACAUUGUCGCUAUUGUGGUGAAUCUGGUCACACAAAGAGGAACUGUCAUAAGAGGGCCGUUGAUAAAGAAUCAGUUGCUGUGGCGGCGGCUGCUGCUGCUGCUAAUUCUGAUACUAAUGGAGGUGAGGUCAACAAUUCUGCUCCAACUACUGCUGUAAAUGGUGGUGAUGCCCCAGCUGUGUCACAGGAUCAGGUUGAGAUUCAGCUUGAUCUUAGUCAGCCUAUUAUGUCAAAAACUGAUGACUCGCAACAGGUGCAACCAUCUCCUGUUCGGCCAUUCAAACUGCCUCCUAAGAGAAAGUUGUCCACACCCACUGCUACCACCCAACCAACCAGCACCCCAUCUGCAAGCACUCCAUCUCCUCCAUCUGCAAGUACUCCAUCUGCAAGCACUUUCCCAACAAGCAGUCAUCCUGGAAGCACUGAAACAGCAACGAAUCUACCAGCAAUGCGAUUUGUGCCUAAUCUGGGAUUCAAGCCACCCAGAACCAAGAAUUACUGACUUAGUUUUUUAUAUUUAGGGACAGUAGGGUGUCUUUAUUUGUCUGUUUUGCUGAAGUAAUGUACUGUUUAUGCUUUCUUGCUUACAAUUCGAGUGUUGGAGAUUGAAAACU